AUGGCAAUGAGGGCAUCGAAUCGUGGGGCGCUGGCUUCAGCUCUGCGAUCUACCAGAACAGUUCUCUCCCGCCGCAACGAUACGACUCUUCGAUCCUUCACCUCUACCCAGCAUGCCAGAAUCGUAGUCUCUCCGGAUACUCCAAACAUGCGAUUUGCCCAGCGAGAACCAGAUGUACCCGGUGGUCUUCGUGUCCCUCCUAUCAACCCAGCCGACAAGUACGCAGCCAAGGCAGAUGAUAUGCACCGUUAUGGGUCAUGGCUUAUGGGUUGUCUUCCAAAGUACAUCCAGCAAUUUUCCGUUUGGAAGGACGAACUGGUCAUCUACAUCCCACCUUCUGGUGUUAUUCCAGUGUUUACGUUCCUGAAAUACAACACCGCUGCUGAAUUCACACAAGUUUCUGACAUCACCGCGGUCGACUUCCCUACACGAGACCAGCGAUUUGAGGUUGUUUACAACCUUCUCAGUGUGCGUCAUAAUUCCAGAAUUCGAGUGAAGACAUAUGCGGACGAGGCAUCUCCUGUUCCUAGCAUUACAAGCCUUUACGAUGGUGCCAACUGGUACGAGCGUGAAGUCUAUGAUCUGUUCGGUGUCUUUUUCAUCGGACAUCCAGACUUACGACGAAUCAUGACCGACUAUGGCUUCGAUGGACAUCCUCUACGGAAGGACUUCCCUUUGACCGGAUACACUGAAAUUCGAUAUGACGAGGAGAAGAAGCGGAUUGUUGUAGAACCACUUGAGUUGACACAAGCUUUCCGAAAUUUCGAAGGAGGAAGUGCUGCAUGGGAGCAAGUUGGGCCUGGUGUCGAUAGGAAGCCUGAGACAUUUAGACUACCAGUCGCGAAGCCCGAGGAGAAAAAAGAGGAACCAAAGAAAUAG